AUCAUGACGCGAGGCCAGAUCAUCCGUCAGAGCUACGUUGACUCCCGGGGGCUGAUCAGAGUCCCCUUGGGUUUCGACGUGUCGCCGGUCUUUAAGGUUCUUGUCUACUUCGUCAACUCCCUGGGCGAGAUCGUGUCGGACUCCAAGGCCUUCAAAGUAGCCAACUGCUUCCAGAGCCAGGUCAGCGUGUCAUGGAACAAGAAGCAGGUGAAGCCAGGGGAAACGGCCACAUUUACUGUGCGCGGCGCGCCCAACUCGCUCUGUGGCGUCUCGGCGCUGGACCGCAGUGUGGAGCUCCUGAGCAGCGCCAACAAGCUGACGGCGGACAGCGUAUUUGCGAAGCUGCGUCAAUUCAUUAUCAGCGCUGGCAGCUACCCGAGCCUCAUCGAAAGCCCCUACGUCUACUGCAAGCGCAAGCCACGCCAUGGCUGGACGCCUGUCUUUGGGCCUCUGAACACCUCACCAUCGCCAUUUCCUCAAAAUUCUCAACCGCCAAGCCGAUACCGGACGCACUACUACUAUAUAGUAGAAGAGGACGACGCCAUCAAAGCAUAUGAUGUAAGUAAACUUUCGAUAAGCAUUCAGGCUCAAUUCUGGCUGGUGCCUUCUCAACUCUUUGUUUCAAUUUAAACCACGUGGAACACUUGGAGCCAACUAAUGGCCAACUAACGACUAAUGACUGUUGACUUAAAGCAGUAGCAAUCUAAAAGCUAUGCAUGUUCGAAAAAUGUUGCAUCAUACCAAACAUUGGCACGUAAAUCCAUUACUUUGAACACCGUACCUAUUGUCACCCUCUGUAUUCCGGUCUUAACAUGCGCACAACGCGUGGUCUGUACCUCUGACAAAACAUGCUUUGCUACGCGUGCGUGCAUGGACCGAAUCCCUGUGGAGGUAGUGAUACUCGCAGGGUAGCUCGUGACAGCUCAGAGGCCACCUUCGCCGCAGUCGUCGCAUGCUCGGGGCUCGCCGUUCCCUUUUAUCUAACGACAGGAA